UUGACUGCAAGCUCAUCCUUCUUGCACCCGUGGGCUAGGCUUUUGUAUCCUUUAUACGACUACUCAAGCUGUCAGCGGAGUCCUUGCUGAUUUACACCAGUUACAGGAAGAGACAUGGAUACAGCCCCAGCUUGCAGAGGCUCCAAACCAGACUGGAAAUUGAAAGCCCUAUUGUUAAAUCAUCCCUGUGGUUGUCUGCUGAUGCAAGGAAUUUUUGGAAGCGAUUUAUUUAGCGUAGAGAUUUGCAACUUGGGAAAAAAAAGGGUGUCUGUUGUGCCUGGGACGAGCAUCUACAAAAGGUGAGGUUAAAUUUUGCUUGGGAAAUAAGCAGCCUUGGCUUUCAACUUGUUGCUGACAAUGAAGAGCGGAGGGCUGAGAGACAUCCGAGGGGGAAAACUUGCAAACAGUUCCUGCUAUCUGAACAUGAGUGCCCCUCCCCGUCCAUGUGAACUGCAGAGGCAAAAGAGAAUGACACAUGUGCUGUUUCCUUUUCCAGUUGCAAAGGGGUCAGGAACUAGGCUAGGAGUGCCUGAACAAGAGCAGCUUUCUCCUGCCCUUCCAGCUGUUGUGUUCAAUCCAGCCUCCGGUCCUGAACAGGGAGAGAGACCGUCAGCAUACAUAAGGCACUGUUGAAGGCAUAAGUUAUGAGUUUCCCAAACAGUACAUCUCCACCGCCUGCCGAUACUGGGUACUCUUCAGCUGGAACAGAUGUUGUUGUCAUUGCAGGCGUUAUUGCAGCAAUUGCUUUUGUCCUCACUUGCCUGGUGAUUGUGAUGCUUCGGUACCUGUACAGGCACAAAGGCACCUACCACACCAACGAGGCAAAGGGAACUGAAUGUGCCGAAAGUGCAGAUGCCGCUUUGAAAAACGACCCUACUCUCCAGGAGGCGGUGGAUGAGAGCAAAAAGGAAUAUUUCAUCUGAGAGUUAAAGAGUCCACAUGAAGACUUCCUUCAUGCUCCUUUCCCCAAGGGAAUCAAUCAGAAGCACUGCAUCCACGGCAACUUCAAAAGAUGGAUAUUGCAAGGAUAUAGGCAAGCCUCCUAAUUGAAAUGCUACUUCUUUAUUCUUCCCCAUGAUGAACUGAAUGCCAGAUACUUGGCUGUUGAUUUUAUUAGCAGCACAGCUGGUCACAGUUGAAUUCAAUAUCAGAUAAGAAGAAACAAAAUCUCAGUAUGAGUGAUAUACCAAUACUAGAUAAUGAUAUCAAAUGUCAAACCUUGACAUUUGGUGAAAAUAAUAGUUGCCAAUGGAAAACAUUCACUCAAAGUUAAUGAUGCAUCCUACGCUGAUAUUAUACAGGACUACCUGAAAAUGAAAUUCAAAUGGUAAUAGAACAAAUGCUAAACCAGAUAAAGCUGAGGUUACCCAAACAAAUAUUGAUUUGUAGUCCAGAUUUUUCCCCUUUAAAAGCAUGCAUUUCCAGGUGUGAGGAUCUGAGGGCCUUGGGGGGAGAGAAGUUUUUAGAUUUUUGUUUUUUUAAACCAAAGAUAUUUCACAGAAACAAAACACCAUAGCAAAAGUUAGGAAAAAGUUAAGAGUGAAGAUUUUUUUAUUUAUAACUGGCUUUGCAUGGCAACUUGAGAAUUGCGAUGGGUUGGAUACUACAGUGUACUAGGUAAUAACCCGUAGGCUUACGAAUAUGAUUGUAAAUAACCACUAGGUCCCUUGAACGCAUGCCAAAGUAGGUAGGUAUUUAAGAUAAAGAGUACUGGUUAGUGAAACACCCGAUCUCAGCUAGAUGUUAGUGGAAAGUUUUUGCUCUGGUAUUUAUUUAUUUAUUUUACUUUGGAGAUUUCUUUUGAAAAAAACAUCAGCUGACAUUUUUGGAAAUUGAGUCUACUUAAGGGGAGAAAGAACUCUUAGCAGUUCUCUGUAAUGAAAACCUGUAGAUGUGUUAACCCUGUUCCUUUGCAUUGAUUUCACCUUAAUUUUUUCUGCCCCAGUGGCUUUUAAAUAUUUCCACGUGGCACUGGAUACAAAAAUUACACCGAGCAUCCUCCCUUUAAAAAAUAAAUUGGAAAUACUACAUAACAGCAAAGAUCCUGCUCAUCACAAAAGAAUCGACUGUGAUGAAUUCCUUCACCCCAACAAGCUGUCUGCCUAAUUGAAGCCAACAAUUAGUGCAAGAAAUUGGAUUAAUUGUUUUCUGCACCUGCCUAUCACCAGAUGCAUGUAUGCUCUUAACUAUCAAAAAUAGAGGAGGGAGGGACAUAAUUAAUCACAAAUACUCCAUUUACCAGCUUUACUCUUUGUACUCAACAGUUUUUCUAUGUUUUGAUUAAAAUAUAUAUAUCUAUAUAAAGUUA